GUGUGUGUAUGAGAGUGAGAGAGAGGAGCUUCAGGCUACUGGAUCUCUAGUUUACACCGGAACUGGAUUAUUAUUCUCGUAACGAUAAUCCCACGCGAGCUGCUCCUGCUUGAUCAGACAGACAGACAGACAGACAGGUCUGUGUCCCGCUCGGCCCGAUGGGGAACUGUCUCUCCUCUCAGAGUGCUGAUGAUCUGUCUCUGCUCAACGAGUCUGAGGGCGCGAGCCUCCCAGGAGAGCCUCCACCUCCCUAUCAGGAACGUGUGCAGGUGCCAGUUUACCACCCUACACCCAGUCAGACCCGCUUAGCCACCCAGCUGACGGAGGAGGAGCAGGUACGGAUCGCUCAGCGCAUCGGCCUCAUCCAGCACCUUCCGCGCGGCAUCUUCAACCCGGGCUCUGAACCCUCCGACAAAAAGAUCAAAGAGUGUGUGAUCUGUAUGCUGGACUUUGAGUACGAUGACCCGAUCCGGUUCCUGCCCUGCAUGCACAUCUACCACGUGGACUGUAUUGACGCGUGGCUCAUGCGCUCCUUUACCUGCCCCUCCUGCAUGGAACCGGUGGACGCCGCGCUGCUCUCCUCGUACGAGACCAACUGAGCCGCGCUUACUACCACCCAAACACGCUAGCACGGGGAACAUGCCAGUCGAGUCAGCCUGGGGGGGCACCAGGGGGGUUUGAAAAGGGUGGGAGGUUUGUGUCUGUGUGUGUGAGGAAGAAGGAGAGAAAGGAUGUCAGUUAGAGGAUAUGUCAAAGCUGACCGGACCGGCUUAAGGACAAACGCAGGUCUUACUUAUGAUCAUUUAUUGGCCGAAUUAUUACAUAAAAAGUGAUUACAUAUUUUCGUUCUAAAUGUGCAAUACCUACAAGGAGGUAGAAGCAGCGUGCGUCUGAUCUAGCCUCUCCUCGUGAAGGUGUGCCCUGGCUAAGAUUGAUGGGCCCGAGUCACAGCUUGCGGCUGUGAAUAUCCUGCUGCAGCACAGCGCUCUUUAAUUAGUGGCGAACUGAAAAUGUGAGAAGCAAAUGUGCCAUGCCUGACAUGCCUGUCUCAUAUAUAUUGCACUCCUCACUUAGGUCUGCUGUCUUUUAUUUUCCUUUUUUUUCUUUUUAUUGUGUAGACAACACGAUGCACUGAUUAAGGUUUUUCUUAGUCUGCCCUACAGCACCUCAUUAAACUUGUCAGAUUGUUAGCAAGUCAUAGGAAACACUAUAUGCUGGUAGGGACGAACCCAAAUCCAGGGUGAAAUAGUAAAAAUGCUGAAAACGAUGCGCUGUUUAAAAGAAAAUUAAAGCUGUGGUUUGUAUUUUGUAUAAAAGAGACUUCCUAGAUUUAUAAUAAAGUCCAUAAUUUCAUCGAUCUCAUAGAAAAACUGUGACGUUUGUAAAUAUUAUACUGCGAUCAUGCAAGUGGCUAAUUUUUAUUCAUUCCACUCUUCUGUUUACUGUUGUCCGGCCCUGAAAUUAACUCCACCCCUUCCCCAUAGAGAACUGCACGGGCACUUUGCAUAAGGUUACUUUACGUUGUCGGAACCGGAGGGGAGGUGGAAGGAUAAAGGGAAAGGGGAAUGAAAAGGGAGCAUCAGGGUUCGGAAUUCGCAAUUCACUUUAUAUGCAGCAGAGGGCGCUGAAUAUUUUUAAACUGCACCUUUAAACGUACGCAAAUGCAAAAAUCGUAAUGUAAAUAGAUAGCUAGUUGGUGGCUGGCUUGUUGCCAGAUUGGUCAUGAUCCCUCCUCUAAUUUUUUGUGGCUUGUUUUUAAAACGUUUUUUGUUCCUAAUCCUAAGUCGAGAGCUUUGUUUCGAUGCGUCCUUGUUGUGAUUUUUUUCUAUAAAUAAAUAAAUGAUGUUUAGCUUAGGAUAAAACUUCAUUUGUUUUUGUCUCGUUUUGUGAUAUGGAAUCUGGUUCAUGUGCUGCUGUUUCUCCGUUCUCAGCUCUCUAGAUGUUGUUUCGUGUUCGCGUCCCAGUUCCCAGAUCAGUGUAAAAUCACUUUUUGCAUUUUCUACUAUUUUCUGCCUCGCAUAUAACUUAAAUGUACAUGAAGCUCUUAAUCCACUCGACUGUGAACCUUUACUUUCAGUUGUUUUGUUGUGCCUGUGCUUGCAUAUUAUCCCGAGAAAGACGUUCGCAGGAUACAAUCAUCUUUGUGCACCUUUUAAACUUGCUCAGCCAGCCAGAAGCCACAAGCUUUAAAGCCAAUCAGCUUCCUUUUUUGUAAUUUUAAGAGAAAAAAAAUGGACUGAAAAUUCCUGUGUCAUGAAGUGCUUUGCAGUUUUGAUACGGCUCAAUGUUACGUCUUUUCUAUCUGUCGCAAAACCAUAAAAAGAGCUACGACUGCCUUUUCUGUUCUGCGUUACGCUGUGAGAUGUUUGUGCAAAAAAAAAUAAUGACUUGUGAUUUAUUUUUUGGUUUGUUUUUUGUGUAUAGCUGAAAUGGAUCCGUUUCAUUGUAUUAAUCUGUGUGAGUAUGUAAGCGGUAAUGCCUAAAGGCUGAGUACAGAAUACCUAAACGCCAUGGAUUCACAUAUUUUAUUUACUAUUUUCCCGUGAAACACAUUUUUUCCCCCAAAUGUUUACAUUAUAGAAAUUUUUGUCGUUAUCAGAGAAAAAAAAAAUUGACUCUGUGAAAAUAAAGAUUGUUUGCAGU